AUGGCGUACACUGGAACAGGCACGCAGGACUCUCCUAUCGCAAUUGACGACUCCGAGGAUGAAGUAGUCCAAGAACUUGAAGGAACCCGUUCCUCUCCUGACGGCGACGUCCAGUAUUUGGGCAGAGUAUUCAAGCAAACUCACGAAGACCCACCAGUUCAGAAGAAGCGAAAGAGGACGAGCAGCUUCAUUGAACAGCUAGCACCCGUUGCAGGGCCGAGCCAUGUUCCGCCCAUGGAGAAUCGUCUUUCACAACCCGAGAGCAAGAAGGCGAGGAAACGGAGACGGAAGCUCGAGCGUCAAGCAGCGGAAGAGGCCCGACUGCAAGGACUUGGCUGGUUGAACAAUCCCAUACCCUUUGCGCCGGGUCUUCCGCAAUGGCCCACUCAAUUUCCUAUCCAGAGCGUAUACAUUCCGUCAUACCCUGUCAUGACCAACCACGCCUAUCCCUCAAUGGACCCGGGGGACUUCUACAACUUUGUGGGCGAAGAAGAUGCUGGUUACUACAACUAUCCUAUUCCCUCACCUCCUCUCGAGGGAUCAGCCUCGAAGUGGGUUUCUUCGAUGGCUAUGGCCGUAGAUCCAGUCGACGAAGCCGGCGAGGAAGCACUUCUCCCACCAUUACCCCCGCCGACUCCGCCACCGCCACUGCCGCCGCCACUUGCGCGACCUCCUUCCCCGCGGGCGCCGUUGCAUGUGACGGAUGCACCGAUCAACAAGCCCAUGGAGCACCAUCCUACCCCUCCAAUGCCUAUUGGGAUGGUGCCUGACCCAGAUCCAAAGAGCAAACGGGGCACCUUCGUCAUUAACAACACGAUGAAAGAAGCUGGGACCGACAGGCACAAGCGGAGGCGCAACUAUAUGCCCAACCCGGCACGUACGCUCGUCAUGGAGAACUUGCCUAAGACCCAUCGCACUUCCGAUUUUGUCAAUAAUUGGAGUCGCAAGGCCUGUGGUGCACUCCCUGUUCAUGUUUUCAUUGAUACGUCUGGGGCCAAGACGUUGAUUGAAUUUUCAACCGCCGAAUUGGCCAGGAAGGCCUGGAAUAGCCCAAGGUUGGGAUCGAAUGUGGCCGGAGUGAAGAACUUCGUCAAAGGUCAACCCAGAGAAGAUUUGAUCAGAGUGUGGUGGUAUCGUGUAGACGGUAUCGGUGCUGGAGCUGGUGUUGGCGAGAUUGAGGAGGGCGAGAUCGAAGAUGAUGUUGCAGAUACUCCGCAGGAGGAAGGAGAACAUGAACUUCCGCCUCCUCUUCCGCCACCACUACUCCAGCUACAUGUGGAGACCAAACGAGAGAAAAAGGCUCGACUGGCGAAGGAACGAGAGGAAAAGAAGCUCCGGAAAGAACACAAGUUGAGACUUCUUCAGGAGGAGAGGCAAGCGUUUGAGCAGAAAUUGGUUGCGUCGCAUGAGGGCUUACGCAACGACUCACUUGUUCAUCCACUCCCCACAAAUGACUUCAACCCUUCUGCAACUCAGGGCAACACCGUGAAUGGACAUCCUCUUCCAGCCGCUCCGUCACUACCUCUGCCGCCCGCUGUUCCUCCUCCUGCGCCGGUGUCUAUGCUACCUCUUCCAUCACGUCGACCGUUGGUAUCUGGUUCGUCUCAGCCAUCAGGCCAAUCAGAGCUUGGGGUUUACAGGACGGCGUUUGGGUCAUCGUUACUGCUUGAAGCACACAAUGGGCACGACGAUAACGACUCGAUCGCCUCGUCCACUGGCCGUCGUUCCCCUUCGCCUUCUGCCGGCCCCUCCGUGCCGGUACCGGCCUCGAAAUUCUUCGUUGCUUCGACGUCUGGACAAGGAGACGAUUUGGACGACUACGAGGAGGCAGACAUGGACGUUGAAGUCGACGAUGCACCGCUGCCUCCUCCCACUUCUUCUCUUCCACUGAUUCCACCAUUGGUUCAUAGUUUGCCCCCUCGGCCUACUCCUCUGAUUCGGGCUGCUAAGCAGAGAGGUGCUGUCCAGAAACUUCCAUUAGCACAUCGUCAACCUCCUGAUUCAGCACCGAACAAUUUGACUGCUCGCUUGUCGUUACAACAACCACCUCCGAAGCCGCUACCCUCUAAACCCCAUGUUCCCCAAAAUAAGUCCGUGCAGCCUCCUGCAGCUCAGCGGCCACCGCAUGUCUCGUCUACUGCAAUAGCAUCGCCCGCUUCUGCAAUCGCUGCACUCUCUUCGCCUUCGUCGGGUGCUUCGAGCCCAACCAUUCCGUCUGAGCCGAAGGCCAUGAAGAAUGCUCCCACACAGCCGAGCUUUACGAAGCGGGCUCUGUUGGCGAGGCAGAAGGAGUUGGAGGAGAGGAUUGCGAAGAGCAAGAUGGAGUUGGCAGCGGCUGCUGCGAGUAAGACAGGCACUGCUCCUGUCACGAUGCCUAUAACACCUCGCCCUCAAUCUCCUGCUCCUCUGUCUCAGCAACCGCAGCAGUUCACUAAACCUGCAAUGGAUCUGGGAGAUAAGCAAGCCAUGGAGGACCGCCUGCGAAAGCUUGUCUUGCAGAGUCAGAAAGCGAGAGGCAAGCCAACACCGCCCUCCACUGCGAGCUCUACGGGGGUUAGCUCGGCACCGUCUCUUUCUCCGACGCCUGUCACACCGUCUCCUAUCGAUGAGAUGCCGCAUAGCAAUGCCGCCCAGGACGAUUCGAUCGUUACGAUGUCUAGUUUUUCUUUGGAAGAUAUGGCCAUCUCGUUCAUCACACAGACAAUCGAAACAAUCAAGGCACAACCGCCCUCGGUGCCGAGUGCACCUAACCCUCCAGCUCUGGCCUUACCUCCGACUUCGUCUCCGUCCUCAACGCCCACACCGACAACGAAUACAGGAUCAACAGCAACCUCAGCCCCUUUGGAGUCGGCCCCAGGUGUCACUGCCAAAGCGGUACCGACAUCUAAUAAUGGCAACGACCGCGAGCGACAAGAACUCGCAGCGAAGCAGAGACGAUUAGAGAUGCACAUCUCGGAGAGCAAGGCCCUUAUGGCAAGGCUCAGUCAAGCACGGAAUAAGGAGGAAAAGGACAGCAUUUUGAGAGUCAUGCGAGAGAAGAGCCGAUUGUUCGAGGAGAAUCGCAACGUGGACGCGCAUCAGCAGCCUCCGUCGAGGCCGACUUCGACCGUUCCAGCUGGUAUCACCGCGAAGGCCACAACGACUUCAGUAACAGGCGCGACUAUCGGAAAGCUUCAAUCGACGAGCUUCCAGUUCUCCCGCCUCUGCGGAAACCAGCAUGACGCAGGUAUCUUGAUCCUCAGCGAUGACUCGGACGACGACGACAUGGAAGAUGAUGAAGGCUGA